GAUCCCACUGCUAGCUGGAUGUUUGUAAACUGCCUCCUGCGUCUUUGCAGACUGAGCGCUUCAUCUUUGUGGUCCUCACACAUCCCCAGAAUGACCAUUGUGAGGUCUCCAAUCUGCUGCUGCUGGCUGCCAUGUCUUCUGCUGCUCCUCAGCACUUACCUCACUUCUGGAGUCAACCUCCAACCCAUGCACUGUGCCCCUUGCACUGAAGAGAAGCUUGCUGUCUGCCCGCCAGUGCCCGCCAGCUGCCCAGAGAUGGCUCACCAGCCAGGUUGUGGCUGCUGCCAGACCUGCGCUCUCCAGAUGGGUGAGCACUGUGGAGUGUACACAGCACGCUGUGGCCAAGGGCUCAGCUGCCAUGUACCUCCAGGUGAGCCCAGACCACUCUAUGCCCUCAUCCAAGGGCAAGGAACAUGCCUGCCAACCAGUGAUGCAGAAGGGAUACGGAUAGCAGAGGCUACAGAUUCUAUGGAACCUGAAGAUAUACCCCUUGAAGGUACUGAAAUGACACAAGAUCAGCUGCUUAACUAUCAACUGAUGUUUCCCAUUGGGCAGGACAAGUCUAUUCCUUGGAAUGCCAUUAGUGCUUAUGAAAACAUGAAAGCCAAGAGAAUCACUGAAUUAAAGAAAUGGAAGGAACAGGGACCUUGCCAGAAAGAACUCUACAGAGCACUGUACAAAUUAGCUAAAGCUCAGCAGAAAACUGGAGGCGAGAUAUACAAAUUCUAUUUGCCUAACUGCACCAAGAAUGGAUUUUAUCACAGCAAACAGUGUGAAACUUCUUUGGAUGGUGAUUCUGCUGGAUGCUGGUGUGUCUAUCCAAGGAAUGGGAAAAGAAUUCCUGGCUCUCCUGAGUUGAAGGGUGACCCUGAAUGUCAGCAGUAUCUCGGUUCACAAGAAUAAGACCAAGCACAUGCCAGCAUUUGCAUUCACUCAUAUAAGUCUUUUGCAGGAUCCUGCAGUCUUUUAGACUGAUUCAGUGAAGUGCGCAUGUAUAUCUCACUUUAAGCAUAUCAGUAGUCCCACUAGUGACCAGUAGUCCCACUACUCACUAGUGGUAGUGCCACACAAGUCAAUGGGACUACAAAGAUGUUUAAAGUUAUAUAUGGAUCUAUGUGACUGCAGGGGUCCUAUACACCGUAGACAUAUAUAUGAAUAAUACUAUAAUGAGCUGCCUUUGUACACUGCAGAUUCCCUAGUAUGAAAUGCUGCUGAAUUAUUUAUUUCACAGUAACUUUAUUUUUGUCAGUGUGUUAUUAAUUUAUAUAUCCACAUCCUCAAACACUUCAUAACUUUAUAUGUAAAUACUUAACAUUAUUGUUCUUAAAGACAUGCAUUUUUCUAUUUUGGAAGAGUGCUGCUUGUUCAAUUUCACUUGGCUUAACACUAACUAUUAGGAAGAAGUGGCUUGUAAAACUUGCAUUUUGUAUUGUGUAUUUAUAGUUUGCAGAUGUAAAGCAGACUUUAAAAAGCUUCUGGGAGAGAAUAUGGUUAGGAAUUUAUUUAAAACCUGUUUCAUUUGUAUAUCACGUUACUUUUGCACCUCUGUUUCAAUGUCAAUCUUUUUCUUAAAAAAGAAAUUCUGAAUCAGGAUCAUAUAGGGAAAAACUAACAGGAGAAUAUUAGUUUAUAUUUUCCUCAUACAUGCACUGGAUACAUUGUAACAUAACAGGUGAAACUGUACAAACUGUAACAGGGGUAAAUUUUUCACAUGUUGACAUUGUCAUGUUAUUUAAAAUGAGCUAUUAAAUAAUUUCCAAUAGUCA